AUGCUUCGGUCAUGGAUUGGCAGCGGUACACUCCGCUCUCUUUGCGCUCGACGCUUAACUCAAGCAUCUCUCUCCCAUAAAGCCCUUUUCUCCUCCGCGCCAACCCGCUAUCUCCCGCCCUCCGCAGAUCGUGUUCCCCUCCGCAAACAACUCAAACAGGAAGUUAAAGCCCUUCGAUCACAUAAGAGACAACGCAAGGAAAUAGAGGAGGCUUCAAGGGAAGACUGGGAAUUGACAGUUGGUGUGGAGAUCCACGCGCAAUUGGAUACAGAGACCAAACUAUUUUCCCGGGCACCAACGUCGACAAGUGAUACUCCCAAUUCCAAUGUCGCUUUGUUCGAUCUGGCGUUCCCGGGUAGCCAGCCGGCAUUCCAAAUCGCAACUCUCCUACCAGCGCUCCGCGCUGCUAUUGCACUGAACUGCGAGAUACAACCAGUCAGCCGGUUUGAUCGGAAACAUUACUUCUACCAAGAUCAACCGGCGGGGUAUCAAAUCACACAAUACUAUGAACCAUUCGCACGAAAUGGCUACGUUGACCUAUUCGAUUAUGACGGAAUCGCCCCGGAAGACGGUGAACAUGUUCGCAUUAACAUUAAACAACUCCAGUUAGAGCAGGACACAGCCAAAUCCCAGGAAUACCCGCCCUCGACACAACUUCUCGACUUCAACCGUGUAUCCCAUCCCCUUAUCGAAAUCAUCACCAUGCCACAAAUUCACACUCCGGCGACGGCCGCAGCAUGCGUUCGAAAACUGCAAGCUAUUGUACAAUCAUGCGGUGCCGUGACUACGGGAAUGGAGAUGGGCGGUCUUCGUGCAGAUGUCAACGUCUCGAUCCGACGCCGAGGUGAAGCCCCUGGGCAAUAUCAGUACGACGGGAUCAGCGGGCUGGGUCAGCGUACUGAAAUUAAGAACCUCAGUAGCUUCAAGGCGGUAGAGGAUGCCAUCAUUGCCGAGAAGAACCGUCAGAUCGAGGUACUCGAGAGUGGCGGUGUCAUCGAAGGAGAGACACGUGGAUGGACAAUCGGCAGCACAGAAACUCGCAGACUUCGCGGCAAAGAGGGCUCAGUCGACUACCGCUACAUGCCCGACCCUGAUAUCCCACCACUGAUCAUUGGAGAGGACCUACUCUCUAGUCUCAGAGACUCUAUUCCGACAGCCCCAGACUCUCUCCUUACACUACUCGUCGGAUCCGAGUUCAAUCUACCAAUUGAAGACGCCAAACCACUCAUCGAAUUAGACAAUGGAGCCCGUCUCGAGUACUAUCACGAUGUGGUAGAUAUCCUCCGCAGUCUUCAAGUAGACCAAGAUGACAAAACGCGCGCCAGUCUUGCACGAGUAGCAAGUAACUGGGUUUUGCACGAGCUGGGCGGGCUCUUGGCCAAGGCAGACCGGGCAUGGGACCCGGAGAUCGUCCCAGCUCAAUCCUUAGCCCAUCUCAUCGAUCACCUACAGCGGAAACUCAUCACCGGCCCGACGGCCAAACAGGUGCUGGCCACCAUCUUUGACGGGGACCAUCGACCAGUGCCGCAACUGCUAGAGGAGGAAAAUCUCCUGCUACGACCUUUAUCGCGGGAAGAAUAUCUAGCUCUAGCGGAAUCAGUCAUUGCCCUGAACCCACAGAUGGUCGAUCAGAUCCGGAACAAGAACCAGCUAGGUAAAUUGGGUUGGUUCGUGGGACAAAUGAUGCGCACUGGUGAAAAGGGCCGGGUAGAGGCGCCUAAAGCAGAGGAGAUUCUCCGGGAGUUAAUUUUGGGAUAG